AUGUCUGGCCCACGAGCUCCGUCGAGACAGUCAUCCUACGGCAGUAUCAACACCCUAGACGCGCGCAAUGCUGCUCUACUAGGUGCCACCAAAGCAUUUGGGCGACCUGCAGUCAAUACCAGGACACCAUCGACGACAUACACCGGGACCAAUGGCGCUUUGGCAGCAGCGACGAGAGCUGGACCGGCUGGCAGGCCCAUGGGAUCCAGCAAUGGUGCGUCGAACACAUCGGGAAUGGCUGGGAACGUGAUGAUGCGGCCUUCACAUACAGGUCCUACGCAGAGACCUGUACCAGGAAAGAGAGGCACGGAGAACGUGAGGGAUAUUGCACAAUAUCAGGCGGUCUCACCCACCAAGAGCAUACCGCGAGGAGUUGCUGGACCACCCAGUGAAGGAAAGGCUGUGCCUGAAUCAGCGAGGCCACGUGCCUUCACUACCAACAGACCAUCGGUCGCGCCUAAGCCUCGUAGACUAUCCGGCUCCUACAAUGGUGAUGCACGCCCGCGAGCAAGCAGAGACACCGACAGCAGUCCCACACGACCAACCUCAUCCCUCGUCCAGCUCUACGAACGCAAGUCGACGGAAGCAGGAGCGUCUGUCAGGACUCCAAGGGCACAGUCGAAAGCGGACUUCGACCUUCCACUCGCUUCUCCUAAACCCGUGCGAGUACCUGCUAGUAGUGGCGGUGGCAUCACUUCGAUGUUCCAGAUGGAGCUGGGCGAGAGCAAGGAUGCACGCAAGCUUAAUGUCGACGAUCGCUCAUCAGGCGAAGAUUACUUCUCAGCUUCUGAAGAUACUGCAACACCCGCCACUCCAGUCUCUGUUCGCAAGCGACAGGCACGAGCACUGGAUGGACCAGCAGAUGAGAUGAGAGCGAUCAGAACCCCGAGUGGGAACCGCACAUCACCCUCACCACUGAGACAUGCUUCUACUCAGCCGAUCCAAAUUAGGCCUGCUCCAGCACCAGCGCGAGUUGGUACUUUGCUACCGGAACAAAUGUCAGGAUCCUCACAGUCUGGAAAGUCUAUUGCUGCACAGUAUCGAAUGCUUCAUCCUCGCCGUAUGACACCACUCAGCACCGGCGAUGAUCUGGCAAAUGCAAUGGUAGCGUCGAGCCUGGCAUCCUCACGAGCGGCGUCACCUUCGAAGUUAGAAGUACCAAUGUCGUCCAGCCGCCAUCACCAUCACAAGCUCUCAUUAUCGCGGACCCCGAGUCCUGCAAAGCAACGUACGAUGCUCCACACUCUACGGAAAGUAGAGUCCGAGGAGUCGGAAACCGAAGACGAAGCUCACCCAUACGGCAAGCAUAGGAAAAAGCGGAGGGUCCGCAAGCAUCCGAACAAGCAUCACGAAGGCGAUCGUAAACGAUGGCGAGACGCAGUCACAGAGCGCGAACGAAAGCGCUACGAAGGGGUCUGGGCUGCGAACAAAGGACUACACAUCUCCUUUACUCCCGAUGAGGAGCGAGAGCUGAAACGCACGCCAGGCUCACCCGCUGCGACCCCAUCAUUGACUGUUGCACUGGAGUGUGUCUCCCAUAUUGUCGUCCGCGACAUUUGGUCUCGUUCACGCUUGAACGACGAUGUGCUGGAAGCAGUAUGGGAACUAGUCGACAACGAUCAAAUUGGACGUUUGAACAAAGAAGAGUUCGUGGUGGGAAUGUGGCUCAUUGACCAACGGCUCAAGGGUAGGAAGCUGCCUGUGAAGGUCACCGAAAGCAUUUGGGCUAGCGUACGAGGCUUGCAAGGGAUCAAGAUAAGGAAGAUGCAUUGA